UUUAUGUGGCAGGACUGCAACUUCAAGACAAUUUAAUUAGUUUUUUUUAAAAGAAAAAUUUCAGACUUUUUAAUUAUUUAUCAUCAUUAUUAUCAUCAUUGAUUGUGAUUUGUCUAAACAAAUCACCGUGCGGAUCUACUGCAGAGCCUCUGCAUUUCGGUUUUUAUAACCAUUAUUCAUGUGACACGCAGCAUUUGAGCAACAGCUUUGAGGAACAAUUGCAACUUUUCUCGUCCAGCUGCCAUUUUUGGUUGGCUUGUUUUGCAAUCUCGGAUUGAUUUAAUCUGAUUUUGACGUGGAUCCAUCAUCAUUGGGACCCGAACAUGAAACUGUGCUCGGUCGGCGAGGCCGCUUUGACUCUUUUUCUUCUGUUCGCACCUGCGCAGAGUCUACCCGCGUUGAGCAUAAACAGCACAACUAAUGCAGCGCCAACAGUGUUGAUGUUCCAAGAUGUAUGGGCUCGGAGCUUGUGCCGGACCAUUGAGAAACUUGUGGAGGUGGUGCAGGAGUACCCAUCAGAGGUGGAGCACAUCUACAGCCCCGCCUGCGUGCCUCUGGUUAGGUGUGCGGGCUGCUGCGGAGAUGAAAAGCUUGAGUGCCACCCCACUCUUACCACCAAUGUUACAAUGCAGCUGCUGAAAAUAAGGCCAGCAGAGCUUGGCGAGGAAUAUGUUGAGAUGACUUUUGUGGAGCAUCAGACAUGUGAAUGUAGAGUCAAAAAACCUGUUGGGAAGGUUGAAAGGAAAAGGCAAAGAGGAAAAGGACGGAGGAGAAAGGAGAAGCAAAAAACAAAAGACUGUGACAGGUGAAGACUCAACACUAAGAGGAUGCCAGAUCCCUCGAAGGUAACUGCAGUGGCCAUCCAAAUCCCUGCUGCUGUGUGGCUCGCUCAUGAUUUUCAGCCCAGCGACAGCAUCAAGUCGUCUCUUUUCGCUCUUCUUUCGAGGCUGAGUGUCCAGCAGGAGACUCCAAAGAUGUGGGUUGUUGUGAAGACAUGCCCAUCUAGCGAUGAGCGCAGUGUGAUGACAAAGGUUCAACAGAUAAUGUGCUUUCAUUGGUGGAAAGCCUGCUGUUACUCAGUUGACACAAUGGACACACACCUGGGAGCCAAGUGCAAUGUAGGACCAAACAGACUGAUUACACCAGUUAUGUUAAAUGUUACAUUUCUUUUUGGUAUUUAAAGUUUGUUACUCGUGUUUAUGAUCUAUAUUUAUUGACAGAAAUAAAGCUUAAAAAAAAAAAAAAACAGGCCCGAAAUAUAUGCUUUGUGCAAAGUUGCCUUGACUGAUAACAGAGUGAAAUGUCCCCCUCUUGUGUUUGUUAGAGUAAACACAAUGUUACCUACUUUUGAGAUGCAGAAACCUGUCAUUAAAGUGCGGAGGAUGAACAUUUUACUUAAAGCUCUGAUCUAAAUGACAAAUUUGUUUUCCAAUGAACCAAAGAGAUGUCCCCAAGAUUGUUUUGCAUUAAUAAAUAAACUGUGAUUCAUCAUACUCUAGUUUUUUGUUGUUGUUUUUAUACUCAUAAGUAGGUUCUACAUGUAUGUUAUAUACAUGGGGCAAAUUGAAAACUCCACUCACCAUUUUGGCGGUGCUCUCCGGCGUUUCAUGGUCCACAUUUUCAAUCCUUGGUUCUUGCUCAGUAGUUGUUGUCGCUUUUUAAAGCUUAGGUUUGAAAAAAUUACGUUCAUUCAUCUUGCGUCUGCUGUUCUCAGGUGGUUUUGGCUAAGCAAAGCAAAUGACCGUCUAAGGUGCUAGUCACACGGUCUUUUUGAUAAAUAAUUUUGACCCAUUAUAAAAAUAUUUUUUUGUUUAUUUCAUUCAUUUUUGUUGUUUGCUUUAUUGCUGUACAAAUUUUAUAGACAACAUUUUACCGGCAAAGUCCUAAUUUUAAAUUUAUAUAUAGGAAUGUCAAUUACAUGCAAUGAAACUUUUUGGCCAACAGGGGGGCUAUGUCCCCGCCCCCCCUUAAUCACCACGUAUGGUAGAAUAGCCGAACUUUUUACUCAUGUAAGAGUAGCGUUACUUCUAAAUAAUAUUACUCAGGUAUAAGUAGUCAUGCAAAAAUUUACUCAAGUACUGUAUUGGCCCGAAUAUAAGACGACCCUGAUUAUAAGACGACCCCCUCUUUUUCAAGACUCAAGUUUGAAAAAAGACUUUUGAACACCAAAUUAAUUUUUAUACAGAAAAUAAUUAGAGUACAUCUGAAACAAAUUAUUAUAACAUAUUUGAGAGAAAAAACAUUAUUUUGCUUCAUUCAAAUCUUAAUAUCUGAACAUUUAAAUAUGUAAACUAAAGUGCAAUCACAUUUGUAAAAUAAUGGCUUCUGGUUUUUGAAAUGUAAAUAAACCAAUCUAUUAUGAUAAAACAACAAAAUUGCAAUAACUGCAUUAACCAUCAAAGUGAAGUCUAACUGUAACUGUAGUCUUGAAACAAAUCUGA